AUGUCUGCUACACCAGAUCGGCAAAAUGUACCAAUUUCAAGAGUGAAAUCGCCACGGACUCCAACCUCUCCCGGGAAUGUGGCGUCCCUCAGAAUUGAAGAAUCCAUAUCCACCAUUGUGGAGUAUCAUCGCAAAUGGAUACAAGCGGUAGACAAGGGCACGCUAUACUGCAACGCAAUCAAACAAAUCAAGAAAAAUGCCGCCCAACAACAAGAGCCAUCAUCGUCAGAUGAUCCUUAUCCGGAAAAUUUGCAACUGUACUGCAAAAACCUUAUGGUAAUGGUUUCCAUUAUGGAAGAUAUAGAAGCAAAUGCAUUGACGAGUGUGGAUCAAGUAAAAUCCCUAAAAGAGUUCUUUUUCGAUUGUGACACCAUUGGAUGCACAUGGAACUACCGAAAAAUUUUGAACGCAGUUGAAAGAAUCAUAGCAUCUUACAAAAAAGAGAUUCUUUUCCGCAAAUAUAUUGCAGAAAAUAUUGGACACUCACAAACGCUGGACCAGCUUUUUCUAUUUGUUACCAGCUGGAAUCAUGGUGCGGAUAAUGCCCGCGAUAGAGAAUUGCUUAUCACGAUGUUGAAAUAUGAAUUUCAAUUACCGUCUUAA